CAUGACGGUAGAGGAAGCCGCUUGGAAACAGAAUAAUUUUUGUUUGACUGUCCUUCGGCGGGAACUGUAUCAACCAAUGAAAUUCAUUGUGAUGUAGCGUCGCAACGUAGAGCAUGCGUGUUGCCGGUCUCCCAUAGUAGAACGCCAUUUUGUGAGUGCAGUGUGGGUUGGUAGUUCGGAUUGUUCUCGUCUUUUUUAACAGCGUAAACAUUUUUUCCAAAUUUGAGCCGUUUCAGUUUUCUAUGGCAGAAAUGCAGGCCACGCCUGGAAAUCAGGAUGCGUUGUCGGUUGCUCAGUUGGAGUUGGGCACAAAUCCCAAUGCUCUUGCAUUAAGGAGGCCGUUCGAUCCUGUGGCACAUGAGUUAGACGCUACUUUCCGUCUGACACGUUUUGCUGAUCUCAAAGGAUGAGGGUGUAAAGUCCCUCAGGAGGUUCUUGCCAAACUCCUUGAGGGACUGCAGCAAGACGAAAACAAUGCCCAGGACGAACAUGCCCACUUUUUGCAUAUGGCUAGUCCCAGAAUUGGCAUUGGUAUGGAUUCGUCUGUGACACCACUUCGUCAUGGUGGUCUCUCGUUAGUCCAGACAACAGAUUUCUUCUAUCCACUAGUUGAUGAUCCAUAUAUGAUGGGUAAAAUAGCAUGUUCAAACGUAAUCAGUGAUCUUUACGCAAUGGGUGUAACAGAAUGCGACAACAUGCUAAUGCUUCUAGGUGUGUCAACUAAAAUGACUGAGAAGGAACGUGAUGUUGUUGUGCCUCUAAUUAUGCGAGGAUUUAAGGACGCAGCGAUGGAGGCAGGUGCUACAGUUACUGGAGGGCAAACUGUAGUUAAUCCUUGGUGUACAAUUGGAGGCGUGGCAACCACAGUAUGCCAGCCAAACGAAUACAUAGUGCCUGAUAAUGCUGUUGUAGGAGAUGUACUAGUGCUUACUAAACCAUUAGGUACUCAAGUUGCUGUAAAUGCACAUCAGUGGUUGGACCAACCAGAACGUUGGAAUAGAAUAAAAUUGGUUGUAUCAGAGGAUGAUGUGCGAAAAGCUUACCAGAGAGCAAUGGACUCCAUGGCUCGGCUAAAUAAAACAGCUGCCAGACUGAUGCACAAGUAUAAUGCCCAUGGUGCAACUGACGUAACCGGAUUUGGAUUGCUGGGCCAUGCUCAGAAUUUGGCUAGACAUCAAAAGAAUGAGGUUUCAUUUGUUAUUCACAAUUUACCAGUAAUUGCAAAAAUGGCAGCUGUAGCUAAAGCAUGUGGAAACAUGUUCCAACUACUUCAAGGUCAUUCGGCUGAAACAUCUGGUGGAUUGCUGAUUUGUUUGCCACGAGAACAAGCUGCAGCUUAUUGCAAAGAUAUUGAGAAACAAGAAGGGUACCAAGCUUGGAUUAUUGGUAUUGUGGAAAAAGGAAAUCGCACUGCACGUAUUAUAGAUAAACCACGUGUUAUUGAAGUGCCUGCGAAAGAGAAGGAUGGAGAAUUAUGGUAGAACAUUUGGGCAACAUUAUCAGAUUAUGUGAUGUUUUAUUGAUUUUUGGCUGAGAAAUAACUUUUAUAAAGUUGAUCUCUGAAAUUAAUUUCCACUAUGAAAACUAAAAUUUCAACCAAAACUUACCUGCAUUCAAUAACUGGAGAUAACAGAUGUAUAUUCUUUCUCCUGUUAUUUGAAUGCGUGUAUAUAUUUAUUUUAUACUUUUAGCAAUAAUAAAUGCUUGUGAUUCCAUGAAAUAAACUAAUAGGUAAAGAUUGCUAAAUGGUUUGCCUUAGAGACUUGAAAAAUAUUCAAAACAUCUUUUUCAGAGUGUUGAGUAGAGAAAAGUACAAUACAUCUUGUAUAUUUUCGUCAAAGGAAUAUACCUUUUGUUUUUCAGAAUUUGUUAAAUGUUUAUUUAGAAACAUCCUCGGUGAACUCUGAAACAAUAAUUCUUGGUUUUAUUCAAGGAAAAUGCAUGAAAACAUUUUCUGUAAAUCUUGUAUAAAUUAUAGAAUUUUUAAGUCUCAAAUUUUGUGCAAGAUGGAGAAACUGGCACAGGAUUGACAGAUGUAAUGGUGACAGGCUGCCCAAGGAAAGUGACCGAGGGUUUUGAGGCCUUGCAAAAGAUGUGGUAUUAUAUUAACCUUUACUAAUGCUACACAUUUAGUGUGAGUUGAUGAGUGUUUUAGUCAUCCUUUGAAUGAAUGACACUUCAAUCGAAAUGAGAAUAGAAUUGAUAAUUUCACAUUGCGUUGUUGGUGCAGGAAUUGUCAUUUCCGUAAUCAGUGUGUGCUUAUAGGUAACCUUUCAUUGGUCACGGUCAGUGGCUCUCUGGAGUAGUGGCUCUACAUGUUACCUAAAAUAUCAGUUCUUUUCUCAUUUUUAUUGAACAGUAUUUCUUGAAUUUGAAGACGUGAAUGUGAAUUAUAUGUUUCAUUGGUCAUGUUGCUCAGCAGUGAUAAUACUGUGUCCCCCUUGGGCAAUUGCUAUGUAUGACCUCUGGGCUUCCUGGCUUAAUUGAAUAGCUUUAUCUGUCAGUAAGUUGAAUGAAAUAUUCAAAAUUAUGGAUAAACCUGUGCAAAUCUCCAUUGCUAUUACAUAAUUUGAAAACGCUUUAUUAGCUCUGGACAUCAAUACUUAUGUCACAUUUCUUCUAAGAUUAUGUUAUGAAUAUGAAACCAUAUUGGUUUGUGAUGAGAUUUUUGUCAAGAAAUGGUAAAUAUAUUGAUGAAUGUUAAUUUGAUUAGUUGUUUAUUUGUAGAAAGUUCUUGAAUAAGUCUAGAGAAUGUCUGAUCCUUCACAGAUGCAAGAUAAGUACAGAAGUUAAUAGUGUUGCUGUGGUCUAUUAUUGGUCAGUUUCUUUUGUUAAGCAGCUUGAUUAUUGGCAGCAGUAUUAUUUCUGUAAGCAUUUGAAGAAAUUUUGGGUGAUUGCUUUUGUGUUCUAAAUUGAGAUCUGUUCAAGAAAGGUUAUUUUCUGAAAAUCCUUGAUGGGUAGUCUUCAUAGAGGAUAACUUGAAAUUUGAUACAUUUUUUGAAUCUGCUAUUAAUGACACGAUAAAAGCUGGCUAAAGGUAGGAGACUCCUCAAAAACACAUUUGGAAGAGGAUUGUAGCUCCAAGUGCAGUAAUUUACUAUUUAUAGCACUUAAAUAGUUGAUGAAAUAGUGUAUUACCAGCAUAUGUGAAGUCUUUUGUUUUUCUAGGAACGAGUGCAAAAUCUGAGAUGAGUGUUUUCUCCGAUUUAACACCACACAAUACCUACAAGUCUUAGCGUAUGCAUAUUUUCAGUAUAUUCAGAAAGCUGCAGUUUUGUGAUCGUGUUUUACUCUAAUGCUGAUUCCAACAGUAUAUGAAUGGAAAAACUCUUUGUUAACAUGUGAGACUGUAUUUGGUCAAUAAUUCUGACUAAAUGUUGAAUCAGCAGAAAUCAGAAUGCAACACUUCUAGCAUUGUCUGAUUGUCAGUAGUGUACGUUGUGCUAAGUUGUCUCGCUCUAAAUUUUGGUCCUCACAAUUAGUGCUUAGUCUUUUGAAUCCUAGUUUGCUCUUAUUGCGAAAGAUUAUUAUUUUUACACCAUGAAAUUGUAAAACUACAUUCCUGCAAUGAAUAUUCUGUGUAUUUCUGCAAAAUGUAAUUGUUGAUGCUCAUUUAUGAAGGAUCGUUGACUCGUGUUGAAAUCAUUUAUUUCCCUGUUAAUUUAGCCCAACUGAAUGUUGAGGUUUUCCCAAGCAUAUGAUUCAAGACAGGG